UAUGUGAAUAAAGCAAUUGGACAUAGUUAUAAUACCAGAAGUAAUUCAAUGACUUCAACAAUCCAAAUUGUGAUUAAUCGAGAUAAUGCACAUCAUCUGUUUGAUGCAAAACAUUUAUAUUUACUAGAUCAUAUAAAGAACCAUAUUGAGGAUUUUGAUCCUGAAGGAUGA